GCAAGAGCGUUGCCGUGCCACACAGUUGGAGAUGCACAGCCGGAAAAUCUGACCCCACCGCCGUCGAACUGAUACAGUCGAGAGUAAGAAGUCGCGAGUCGGAGGAGAUGCAGCUUCCCCUGGUGUCGGAUUUGUGCUGAGCUCUGCAGGUGCCAUCCCGGAGAGUCUUUAUCCGCUGUUGUUGUACAGUUUUUCCGCCGUGGAAUUCGUCGAAGCGGAAAAGCGAGAAGAAGCAGCAGUGCGAAGCCCCCAAAGUGUCGACGAAAAUCGUUAAAAAAUAGAAAAACACUCGGCGACUAUGUCACGACGCGCUUGAAGACCCCAUCCGCGCCGAGGGAGCCAUUGAGAUUGGGCAGAUCCACAUCCACAGCACAGCAGGCACUGCUUCACUAACCACUCGAUUCCAGACCCUGCACCCACUCCAAACACUCAGGAUUCGCAUGGACAAAGGCACAAUGAAGCGCAAGCAGAGGAGAUACAGAACCACAUUCAACACCCUCCAGCUGCAGGAGCUGGAGAGGGCCUUCCAGCGCACCCACUAUCCGGACGUGUUCUUCCGGGAGGAGCUGGCAGUUCGCAUCGAUCUGACGGAGGCCCGGGUGCAGGUGUGGUUCCAGAACCGGCGGGCCAAGUGGCGUAAGCAGGAGAAGAUCGGAGGCAUCGGCGGGGAGUUCAAGGAGGGCGCGCUGGAUCUCGAUGUGACCUACGACGACAGCGCUGUGUUGGGUCAACUGGACAGUGCGCUAGGUGGGAAUCGAAACCAUUUCACACCCUGCACUUUCAACAAUGACAGCGAUGCAUCUUUUCCCAAAUCCUCUCCAGGUGGCGGGGGUACCCUGCUGCCGGAUACCCCACCGCAGUCCUCCAACUCCCUGGACAACGAACUUAAGGCUUCCUACGGCACAGGAGCCCUGUCGCCCUCCCGACUUUCGCCGAACAUUUUUCUGAACCUCAACAUCGACCACCUGGGACUGGACAGAGGAGGCAGCGGUCUCUCCAUGGAGUGGUCCACCUAUCCACCUCAAGCGCCAGCGCAGACACAACCGCAGAUGGACCCGGACAACCAACUGCAUCCGCAGCACCCGCCUCAACAGCUUCAAAGCCAGCCGAGCCUCCAGGAGAACCCCAAUCCCCACCAGCAGCAGCAGCAGCAGAAUCCCCAGCAGCACCACCACCAGGGUCUGGAGUUUGCGGCCUCCCUGAACCUGGACAUGACCGACGGCUCCUCCGCCUACGACGAGAUGAAGUUCCUCAGCGUGGACGUGGACCAGUUCACGAUCGACAGCUUCAAGGCGGACUGCAUCCUCAGCAUGGAGCAGUCGCAGAUGCAGCCCUACGUGGGCCACUCCCAGCUGGUGGGCUCCUCGGGGGAGCUCUGCCUGGAGGGGAUCGGCAUGACCUCCUUCGGCAUGGAGGAGGGCGGGCCCAAGACGCCCCCCUCGCUUUUGGUGCUGGACAAGGCGCUGCCCUCCUUGAGCAUUGGCGUUGAGGGAAUCGCCGAUCUCGUGGAGCAACUGCAUCAUCACCACCACGAGGGCGGCUCGGUGGGAGUCGGUGUCAUCUCCAGCGACGUUUUCGUUAAUUGAAACUGCUCCAUCUUCUGUGUGGAAAAGUGGGGGAGUGGAGGAAACCGAGUGUGAAGCCAGUUAUAGUUCUAUUCUUGUUUUCUAGUCAAUGUCGAUAAGCCUUAGCCUAAGUUCAAGACCGAGCAAGGUCGCCACACUUGCAAACAAACAUUUUGACAAAUUAUAAAAUAAAUUUAAAAGUUUUUUCUUCAAAAAUA